AUGACCUCUAUUGCUUCCAAAACCUUCAAAAUAGAACUCUUGGAUACUCAGGACUACGCGUAUCAUGCCGCUCGGCGCGUUAUCUUGCAUCCUGAAGUUCUGAAAGCUGUCAAAUUGUGUACCGGAGAUGCUGUUGCCCUAUCAAGCGGAGAUACUCUGGACAUUGUCAAGGAUUUUGCGGUGGGUAUUGUAUGGCCCUGUACCGACGUGUCACAAGAAUCACUCGUCGUGUCGUCUUCUCUUCUGCUGACGGCCCGUCUUGGGGCUGGUCAGCGGGCUCGCAUAAUUCCAUUGGCUGGAAUAGCACCAUCAAAGUUACCACCUGGUUUACCAUCGCUCAGACAAGCUCAAGACGCAUCUACCAUCUGGGUACAUGAACUUCUCACUGAGAACCAUCAAUCGUCUUCCAAUUCCACGUCCCAGUCACAGGGUAAAAAGGAGAAGGAUUGGCUCGCCCUGCUCGUUCGUGAAGUGCUGACUGACCUCAAAUAUAUAACGUCUAGGCAGGUCGUGGAGGUCAUUUAUGAGGCGAGAAAAAGACGAUUUGCCGUCUCUUCAGUCUCUAGUCAUGGUGAUUUACCGCAAGAGCUCUCGAAUCUUACGCUGAAUGAUGCGACGGUGAAGCUAUGGACAGCUACUUGGGAAACAUCCGUCCAUAUCGUGCAAAAAGAACCACCUGCACCACCUCGUGUCGAGCACUUGUCACACCUUGGUUCCCCGUACGCCUCCGUGGGUGGCCUCAACCAGCAAAUCUCCCAAAUACGCGAUCUUUUGGAAAUUCCAUUGGCUCGUCCGGAGCUGUUCCGUCUGAAACCGCCUCGCGGCAUUCUCCUUCAUGGCCCCCCAGGAACAGGGAAGACUCAUCUUGCGCGUGCAAUAGCUGCGUCGACAAAAUCUUCCGUGCUUGUCAUCAAUGGUCCCGAGCUCUCUUCUGCAUAUCAUGGGGAGACAGAAUCAAAACUACGGGAUGUAUUCACAGAAGCAAAAGAGAAAAGCCCAUGCAUUGUUAUUCUCGAUGAAGUAGACGCCCUCGUCCCUCGACGAGAGGACUCUGCCGGUGGGGAAGUCGAGAAGCGUGUUGUCGCCACCCUGCUUACUAUUCUCGAUGGUAUGGACGACUCGGCCAACGCGGGAAGGGUGGUCGUGAUCGGAACGACCAACCGCCCCAAUGCAAUUGACCCAGCGCUACGCCGCCCUGGACGGUUCGACAGAGAGAUAGAGAUAGGCGUACCAGAUGUUCAAGGUCGCCUCUCGAUCCUCGAAGUACUUUUAUCGAAGGCCUCGCAUUCUAUCCCUCAAGAAGACCUCCAAAUCCUUGCCUCGAGGACGCACGGGUAUGUUGGCGCCGACUUGAGUGCAGUCAUCCGUGAAGCUGGCACACUUGCUAUUAAGCGAUGGCUUGCCUCUGCCGGUUCAAAUAACCCAAGCUCGGACGACCUUGCUAUAACCUUUCCCGACCUUCUCAGCUCCCUCCCAGCGAUCCGGCCGUCCGCUAUGCGAUCCCUCUUCGUUGAAGCGCCGCCUGUGCGCUACGCCGAUAUCGGUGGCCAGGCGUUCGUUAUUAAAAAACUACAGCAGUCAGUUGAGUGGCCCUUACGACACCCUGAGGCCUUCCAGAGACUUGGCGUGAAACCUCCCAAGGGUGUAUUACUGUAUGGGCCUCCUGGGUGCAGCAAGACAGUAUUGGCAAGAGCAUGCGCCAGUGAGAGCGGUGUCAACUUCGUUGCCGUGAAGGGUCCCGAAUUACUCAAUAAAUUCGUCGGCGAAUCCGAAAGAGCCGUGCGUGAGAUAUUCAGGAAGGCUAGAGCCGUGUCGCCUUCCAUUAUUUUCUUCGAUGAAAUAGAUGCUCUGGCGACCUCCCGUACUUCUUCUGAACACAAUGCAGGCUCUUCACAUGAAGGGGUCCUUACAAGUCUUCUCAAUGAAAUGGAUGGUGUUCAAGAAUUGCUUGGAGUGACCAUUAUCGCUGCAACCAACCGUCCAGAUGUCAUCGAUUCCGCGUUGAUGCGUCCGGGCCGCCUCGACCGAAUUCUAUAUGUGGGACCGCCGGAUUAUGACGGCAGAAAAGAAAUCCUCCGGAUACGAAUGAACGGUAUGAGAGUGGAGAGCACUCUCGAUCUAGAUCAGAUAGCUUCAAUGACCGACGGUUGCUCGGGUGCAGAAAUCGCGGCCCUGUGCCAAGAAGCCGCAUUGUUGACUAUGCAGGAUAAUAUGGAUGCACCUUGGAUUCCUAAGGAUGCGUUCAUUACCGCUGCGAAAGCAAUGAAACGCCAGAUAACGCCGACCAUGCUUGCCAAGUAUGAAAAAUGGAAGAUAGACAAUGGGUUGAGAAAUUUGUAGUUACCAGACUGUAAUAUUCUUCGAGCGCCGUUAGUUAUGCUCGACACUACUUUCAUUUAGAAAAAAUUUCAGGCUAAGAUAAUGCUUC